UUGUACGAAACACCGUGUUUCAUGUGACGUCGUCAAAGUUUACAAAAAUUUAUCCGAAAUAGGAGCUAAAGCGACACAAAACCCAGCUCAUAGUGAGUGGUGAAUUUACCGUCUGUGUUCACGACAGCUUACUGAGCUACUUAGCUUCCAGUCUAAGAUGUCAACCGGGUAAAGGUGUUGUAGGAACGGUAGUUUGAAGUGUUAGCCCGGCAGUUUUAUUCCUUUUAUCCCGUGAGUCCACAACAUGGACCAGACAGCCAGCGUCAACGCGGAUGUUGUUCAACGCUCUGACCUUAAUGGUCGGUGCACACAAUGGCGAAACAGGACUGGCUUUUGGCUCCUUGGAUUGUGCAAUAACUUUGCUUAUGUGGUAAUGCUGAGUGCCGCCCAUGACAUCCUCGAAAAACAAGAGUCUGGAAACACCACAGCAUCUACUUCAGCCAAAUUGGCCGUGAAUUUCCAAGGUGGGAACAGCAGCAACAGUAGCCGCUAUGACUGCAAUCCUGUCUCUACUGCGGCUGUGCUGUUAGCUGACAUCCUCCCAACACUAUUCAUCAAGCUGUGUGCUCCCUUUGUGAUCCACAAAGUGCCUUAUGGUAUCCGAGUGUUGCUCUGUUCCAUCGUGGCAGCAACAAGUUUCCUUCUUGUGUCAUUCUCCUCAGCUAUGUGGAUGAGCAUUCUAGGAGUGAUCUUAACCAGUUUCAGCGCUGGACUGGGAGAACUGUCCUUCCUCUCUCUCUCUGUCUUCUUCAGCAGGGAUGUGCUGGGAGGUUGGGCCUCAGGUACUGGUGGUGCUGGUGUUGCGGGAGCCUUACUCUACUCAGGCCUCACCCAACUCGGCCUGGCGCCAAAGACCACACUUCUCAUCAUGCUGGUGGUCCCUUUUAUUAUGUUGAUUAGCUAUUUCUCCCUGCUGGUUCCUCCACCUUCACUACCUCAGUGGAGAAGAAGGGAGACACAAUAUGCAGCCGUGAGCUCAGAGGACAGACAGCAGCUGAUGGAUGGGUCAGAAGAAGAGGAGCAGGAGGAAUCAGCCCCGGCAGAGGGCAGGACCACCGGACCUCUCACCUUAAGAGAGAAACUGCGUGUCAUCAAAGGCUUGCUGAGGUUUGUGUUACCCCUGGGACUGGUCUACUUUGCCGAGUACUUUAUCAACCAGGGCUUGAUGGAACUCUUGUAUUUCCCCAACUUUUAUCUGUCCCAUGCAGAGCAGUAUCGCUGGUACCAGACACUGUACCAGGUUGGUGUGUUGGUGUCUCGAUCCUCGCUGUGCUGUGUGAAAAUCAGGAAAGUGUGGGCUCUCUCUUUGCUACAGCUUGUAAAUGCAGUGGUGCUCCUAUUCGCAGUGAAGUACCUGUUCCUGCCCUAUGUCUGGCUGGUGUUUAUUAUAGUCCUCUAUGAGGGUCUGCUGGGUGGAGCUGCCUAUGUCAACACCUUCUUCUUCAUCAGCAAAGAGACUGAAGACCGAUACAGGGAGUUUGCCAUGGCUGCUUCCAGUGUAGGAGACAGUCUGGGCAUAGCUCUGGCUGGACUCGCAGCUUUUCCCGUCCACAGAUACUUCUGUUCCCUGCCCACAAACUGACCAGCAGAAUGAAUAAGCAAGACGUGGGUGCGUUCCAUUUGAGGGAUUUAAAAAAAAUAAAUAAAAAAUCUGAUACAAGUUAGAGAUCAUCUGACAAAAGCAGACUUCACUCCUACAUAAAAAAUAUUGACUCCACAGAGUGUUUUAACCAGCAGAGAGCAAUCCAGAGAGAGGAGGACUCACUGACUUAUCCUUUUCACCAACUUCUGCUGAUAAUGCUGCUUUUUGGGAUUCUCAUUCCGGACCUUUCUGAGACCAAUUGUAAUCACAGCCCAUUAUCUAUGACAAAAGUGGUUCUCAACAGGAAGGCAUGUCUUACUCAACGUUGUUUGCACAAACUGCUCUAAGAGCCUGUCGCCUGCAGAGAAAAAUAAUUACUGUCCAUAACUUGUUUUGCAGACAAGUGAGUAUGAACCGCCCAAACACCAGACUACAUGAGAGUCGAGCUUUAUUUUACUGACCUCACUUAUUAUCUUUUUUCUUUGUCUUUUAUUUUACAAUAAUGAAGUCUUAAAAAUGAAAAGGGUUUACCUCUUGCUGCUAUUUAUAGCUGCCAUCAUACAAAAGGAACUAGUUCUAACCAACUUCAAAACCAAAAAUGGUACGAUAAAUUUAUUGGGAGUGAAAGACUUAAAGCUAAAGGUUUUAAAGCUUAAAAUUUGUAUUUCUAUUUACUAAUAAUGAUGUGAGAUAUUUCAUCUCUAUUGUGACAUUAUUACAUAUUGAUGUUGUGUACUCGAUCCUGGCACACAACCGAGGAGCCCAGCCAUUGAGUACUGACUGUUACAACGCCACUACAACAUCACUUUUGCCUUAAUAGUUGAAGAGAGUUGCUUCUCUGAACAGAAGACUCUGCUUUGUUACCGUAAAAAGAAAAUCCCAGUAGAUGGAAUUGUUUUAUGGUGCUUUCAAGAUCUGUAGAACCAGGAUGAAUCAGGUUUCUUUAACUAACUGACCCAUGUUGUUGCUUUUGUGUUUCUUUUUAGUCGCUGUCACUGUUAAAACAGGUCAUGAGUGAAGUGACCAAAAAAUGUCUUUGUUUCUACCAAAGAUAACAGUCUUUUUAUGUGGAUUAACAUUUGAUAUUUAUAUACUGUAACAAUCUGGAAACAGAAAAAUAUGCUGUUAUAGUAUGCUAAUAAUUAAAAAUUUAGAUUCAGCCAGUGACAAGGUGUCUUGACAAAAGAUGGUGGGGAUGUUUUUUUUUUUAUUUUUUUAUUGUAUGCCUGACAACAUUUUCAACAUAACCAAAACAUUCAGCCUUUCUUGUGCAAUUUUUGCUCAGUUUUUGUUUUUUCUGAAAGUAAUUAAGCUUGUUUUAAUAUGCAAAUAGUAAUUAUUAUAAUAAUUAUCAAAUAAGAACCACCAUGUCCUAAUAAAUAUGUCCAUAUACACACCGUUUUCUCUUAAACAUGUUUAAACACAUACCGAUGUGUACAUUUCUACUGAGAUUAUACCUACCCAUACAAACAUUUCCUAUUAUGCUGAAUUGUCAUAACUUUGUUGCAAUUUACAGAUUGUGUUUUUAAGAUUGUUCUUGAUCAAAAUGAAUCAAAGUGUCGAGUCAAGGCUUAAAAAGUGGACUGAAAGUAUCAAAAUGGCUAAUUGUCAUGUAAAAUUAAAAUGUAAAUACAU